AUGAGUCGUGAGCAAUCGGAGGCUGCUGUCACCCCACACUCACCCUCAGUGGGCAGGCAGCCGUCACCCGAGAGCCCGCGUGCUCCCUCAGAGGAGCCGGACACGCAGGACUCUCAUGGGUUAGAUGAUCUAGAGCAGCAGCCAGGUGUCUCGGGGGCGGACACGGCAUUGGCAGCAUGGCAAGCGCAGUGCCAGCUCUUACAAGGGUUGCACGACACACGCCGGCCCAUGCCUGGCAGGGCGACAGGAGCGGAGACGCUGAUUGGAAGCCAGCGCAGGCGGACUGCGGGAGCUGCCGGGGGGGGGGGGGGGCUGGAGGAGAUGCGAGUGGGCCCACAGGAGGUUUUGCCGGCAGAGGAAGGCCGGGAGGAAAGGGCAUGCGAGCAGCAGGACCUGACAGCAGCAAACUUCUUAGGAUUGAUGCCAGCAAGCCAGCCGAGCUGCCUGGCAGAGCGGCAGCACGGCUUGUCGACAGCGGUCCAGCACGGGCUGCCUUUGAAGGAGCAUGGGGAAUGGAGGGGGGAAGCUGUGCGAGAGCAACCAGAUUUGCUGGUGGGGACACAACCGGCCCUGUCGCUGACUGUAGGGCUGGCUGUGGGGGAGAGCAUUGGUUUGAAUCCUUUCCCGAGAGCAGGGGAUCGGGGACUGCAAGAGGGAAGGGCAGGAGCGGAGGACCAUGCCUUCCUCUUCCAGAGCACGCAGGGUGUGCAGUCCGCGGCUACUUCGCACGUCGACGUGCGCCCUCGCAGGCGUGGUCGGGGUCGUGGCCGUGCUAGGGCCACUGAACGGGGGUGCUUCGUAGCCCAGCAGGGGCAGCAGUCUGGGGAUCACUGGGACUAG